UGUCGUGUGCCGUUUGUUUGGGUUUGGCGGGUUGGCUCUUGUUGUGGACCAUCUCGUCACUGACCACUGGCAUCACUCGCUACUCAUCACCGGCAUCUCACAUCCACUGACACCGCCCCACUGACCAACCGGGAUGACGGACAGCGAGGCCAAGACGCGGGGGCGGGAGCCGCUGCCGUUCCAGUCGAGACGUUCUCCAGUAAUCAGCAUGCGCGGUUGUGCAGCUUCCACACAGCCCAUUGCAAGCGCCAUUGGAACGCGGAUCUUGCAGCAAGGUGGCAAUGCCGCUGAUGCGGCAGUGGCAAUGGCCGCAGCCCUCAACGUUACCGAACCAUGCUCCACCGGCAUUGGAGGGGAUUGCUUCUGCCUCUAUUUCGAUGCAACAACGAAGAAAGUCCGCGGACUCAACGGAUCUGGACGCUCUGCCGCAGCCACAUCCCUCGAGCAUGUGCGACAGCUUGGACACACAGGAAGCAAGUUGCCUGCCGAUCAUGCCCUUUGCGUGACCGUUCCUGGAGCAGCGGCUGGGUGGGUCGACACCGUCGAAGCUUUUGGCACCAUGUCUCUACGGCAAGUACUGCAGCCGGCCAUCGACCUUGCAGAAGAAGGUGCACCGAUCCACCACAUUACGGCGCAUGCGUGGACGGGCGGUGCAAGGAAACUGCAGCGUGAUGACAACCCGCACGGGGGCGCGCUGUUGAUGAGCAACAGGGAGGCGCCAAGCGAGGGCGAAGUGAUGGUUAUGAAAGACCUCGCAAACACAUUCAAGCUGCUUGCUGAGCAUGGUAAGGCCGGGUUCUACGAAGGCCGCGUUGCCGAGGCGAUUGUCGAUUGCGUGCAGGGACAUGGCGGCCUGCUGACGCUGGAGGACCUCAAGGGCCACAUGAGCACCUUCGACGACCCAAUCAGCGUCACCUUCAAGGGGAAGACGGUGUAUGAGAUGCCGCCAAACGGGCAGGGCAUCACGGCAUUGCUUGCCCUCAACAUCCUCAAGCACGUGCCAGACCUGCAUCGGCUUGAGCACAACAGCGGGCCGUAUCUCCACCGCGUGAUUGAGGCGCUCCGGCUGGCGUUUGCAGACAGCAUGUGGUUUGUGGCUGAUCCCGCCACCGAACACGUCCCCAUCACCCAACUCCUCUCAGAGGAGUAUGGCAAGGCGCGGGCGCAGCUCAUUCAUCCGGACGGCCCGACGGCACCCGACGUCAAGCGCGGAAACCCGUUUGCCAGCACUGACACUGUCUACUUCACGGUGGUGGAUGCGCAAGGCAACGCGUGCUCGUUCAUCAACAGCAACUACAUGGGAUUUGGCACUGGAUACGUGCCGAAAGCGUGCGGUUUUACGCUGCAGAACAGGGGACACAACUUUAUUCUCCAAGAAGGCCACCCCAACUGCCUUGCGCCACGGAAGCGGCCGUAUCACACCAUCAUCCCCGCAAUGGCGACAAACAUAGACGACGGCUCCCUCUACGCAUCCUUUGGUGUCAUGGGCGGCUUCAUGCAGCCUCAGGGACAUGUGCAGGUGCUGCUGAACAUGCUUCUCUUCGGCAUGGACCCGCAGCGUGCACUUGACGUCCCCAGGUUCUGCAUUGGUCCCGGACACGAGGGCGUUGACUCCGACAUCUGCGUGGAGGACGGCGUGGAUGAAGAAGCGGUUUCGUGGCUCUCGCGCGUGGGACACCCCGUCUCCGUUACGCGCGGAUACAGUCGUGCGCUCUUCGGCCGCGGACAAAUCAUCCAGCAGGUGACGCGAGCUGACAGCACGGGGCGGGCACGGCGUGUGUUCAUCGCCGGCUCUGAUCCGCGUGGCGACGGCUGUGCACUUCCCGCGGUUUAAUAGCGCACGUGUGUGUGCUUUAUGUUUGUUUGUUUGUUUGUUUUUUUGCUUGCUUUUGUUUGCUUUUGUUUGCUUGCUUGGGUGUUUUGGUUUGUGUUCAUCUUGUGUGGCUCGCGUGGCCGCGCCUCUCUUUCCUCCCCACCUCCAUUGACUCGUCUGGCCAUACAGGCAUUGGCGUAGGAGGUGGUACGUUUACUCUUCGUCGCUGUUAUGCACAUGGCGAAGUGGGUCUUUCGAUCGCUUUCACCAUUUCAACUAAACAACACAAAC